UCAUUUACGGUUUCGACGAAGGCGUUCUUUCACAGCGAACUGCGAAACUUUGUUAAUAAUAAAUUAAAGUAUAAACAUUUAACAAAUAUUCUUUUUCUUGGACAUCUUUAUAACUAAUCAUCAACCAUGGCGAAAAUGGCAUUUCAGCACCAGGCCGGAACGGCUAUGGAGUGUCUCAGCAUACCAAUAACUCUCCAAAAAGAAGCUGGAGUCGACGCUGAAGGACGCGAAGUAAUGAAAUGCGGCUUCAAAAUAGGAGGCGGUAUUGAUCAAGAUUACCGUAAAAGCCCGCAGGGCUAUACUGACAACGGUAUAUAUGUAACAGAAGUUCAUGAAGGCAGUCCAGCAGCAAAAGCUGGUUUACGAAUGCAUGAUAAAAUCCUACAAUGUAAUGGAUAUGAUUUUACUAUGGUGACACAUAAAAAGGCUGUUAGUUACAUCAAAAAACAUCCAGUAUUAAAUCUUUUAGUAGCAAGAAAAGGUGUAACAUCGACUUAAUCAAUUAUAUGAUAAAAUUUACUCAGUUAUUGUUCAAAAAUGAUUUUUCAGAACAUGUGGUUUUAUAAUGUUAUUUAUUUGUUAGAAUAUGUUUAGAUGUUUAAGUUUGUAACAUAUUAUUAAGAAAAGUAUAAAUUCAGUUAAAAAAUGUUUAUAUUUGUUGGUAACUAUUUCAAUUUGGAUAGUUUUUCAUUGCUUAAAUAAAUAAGGAAAUAUAUUAUUUUUUACAAGUAUUAAAAGUGGAACUAGUGUCGACAUGGUCUAUGUGGUGAAAUAAAUUUUAUUUAAGCUAUAAAAAUCUGUCCUAUGAAGGGGUAAAUCAACUUUGCUAGUUACCAUUAUUUAAUAUAUUCAAUUUGAUGAUAAGAGAAAAGGAAAUAUAAGCCAAAAUAAAAAAUCGAAGGCUAUAUUUACUUGUGGUUUGCCAAUAUUUGUUAUUGUAAAGAUAAAAAGUAUUAUAAUUUUGAGUAUUCAUAAAAUUUAGAUGAAAUGAAUUACAUUAUUUUUGUAAUAAUUCAAACAUUCCCAUUGUUCAUCAUGAUUCAUGAUGUGCCAAAAAGUGGUACAAAUCACUUUAUAAAAAAUAUCACCAAAGAAAGUGUUAUUGCAUCUUAUGAAUACAUUUAAAAUUUAAAUAAACUCAUGUCACAUGACUAAAACAAAUCAAAUACAGACUAAGGUAAAGCAGGUUGUAAGAAACAUCAGUUUUAAAAUAUUAUAAUCAAACUUCAAAAUUAGUUUUGAACAGUUUUGUAAAUAGAUUUUUAUACUUUUAUUCAAUGCAGUGAAUUGAAAAGAGAUCAGGACCUGUGUAUUUUUUACACUUUGCUUACAUAUAAGUUCUGUAAAUAAACUUUUUUUAUAACACAAUUUUAUACAUUUUUUUCCAAAUAAAACAUUUUUCUAACUCUGA